CCAUCUGAUAUCAGUCGCGACUCGAGACAGAGAGGGAGAGAUAGGCAUUGAGAACGAAGAGCUGUUGAGAGCGAAGAAAAGAACACUUUCUCUCCAGAUCUGAUUUUUUUCUUCAGAAACCCUAAUUUCAUCUCGUUCUUCAAUCUUUUAUUGCAUUGAUGGGGCUGUGGGAUGCUUUCCUCAAUUGGCUCCGCAGCCUCUUUUUCAAGCAAGAGAUGGAGUUGUCUUUAAUAGGACUUCAGAAUGCUGGAAAAACUUCACUCGUGAAUGUCAUUGCGACUGGUGGAUAUAGUGAAGACAUGAUUCCUACGGUAGGAUUCAAUAUGCGGAAGGUAACUAAAGGAAACGUCACCAUAAAGUUAUGGGAUCUUGGAGGUCAGCCUAGGUUUCGCAGCAUGUGGGAGAGAUAUUGUCGUGCAGUCUCUGCUAUUGUGUAUGUUGUUGAUGCAGCCGACCGUGAUAACUUGUCCAUCUCAAGAAGCGAACUUCAUGACUUGUUGAGCAAGCCCUCACUGAUUGGGAUCCCAUUGCUAGUACUCGGAAACAAAAUCGACAAGCCUGAAGCUGUUUCGAAACCAUCUCUGGUGGACCAAAUGGAGCUCAAGUCGAUCAACGAUAGAGAGGUAUGCUGCUACAUGAUCUCAUGCAAGAACUCAACAAACAUCGACACUGUUAUCGAUUGGCUGGUGAAGCAUUCAAAAUCGAAGAACUGAGAAGAUGAUAACAUAACAUCUUCCCCACUUAGCAAUCUAUUGUUGAUUUUCUAAGGAUUUUCAGCUGCCCUCUUUCUGGGUCGGUCAUGAUGGUGGUGUUGCUUGUCCUUUCUGCUAACCCGGUUUCGGAUCAUCUAACGGUUGUUUUCUGCUUCGAGUUUGCUUCAUAUAUUCUGAAUUAUUUCCCUUUUGAUUGGGAGGACCUCUGAAGGCAUAUUUAUGGUAAAUGGAGUUAGGAUAUGAUUGAAUUUGUGAAUUUAUUGAUACUGAUUGGUGUGAAUAACAUUAUUGUUUAUCCAUUGGGUUUGGCAUGAA